GUCAGAUACUGACAGAUUAUAACCUUUACUCUUUCCACUGAACUUUUUUAUUGUUUAUUUACGUUCUAAACGGAAACGUUGAUUAAAUUGACCUAUAUUAGUCUUGAUAUUUGUAACUAAUUCUAAGAAUUCCACAAUACAUAGUCCUGUCGCGGAUCUAUAGCCACGCGGCAUUCUUAUCGACCGGCAAAGUGAUGAUAAUGAUAGAAAGACUACGUUACCGGUGUAGGAAGUUCUAAUGAAACCUGAGAAUUAAUUGCACAAUGGUUUGGGUGGAAACACGUCGCGUGCACAGGGAAUGAUUAGACCCGAAAGUAUGGUAGUCGGGUAAACGCGUUUCUUACAUGAAACCGCUGUAUUACUGAACUAUUGGAAAGUCUUCUUCAAGCCACCAUGCUGCCGUGGAUACAGCACCGCUGGACUGGCCUGUGCCUGCUCAACAUUGGUCUCGGGGCCGUAAUUCUCUUCAUGUAUGGAUUUUUUCCACUGAAAUACAAUUCAGGGAAAAUGGCCCACAUGGAUGAUCUACCUAACUUUAUUGAUGGUAUCAGUAUUGAUGGACACGAGGUAUACAACGCAGGAGAGAACAGUGUAAUAUUGAUGGUGAUUGAUGGUUUACGUUACGACUUCGUAACUGAAGAGUACAUGCCAUACACCGGUCAACUGCUCAAGAACAAAUCUGCUUGUAUUUAUGUGUCCGUUGCUGAGCCACCAACUGUUACCAUGCCGAGAAUUAAGUCCCCAGAACGUAAGGUGGAAAAGGCACAAUGGAGACGCACCAUAAACUUCUGGCGAGACAUAUUUGCUAUGAUGACGGGCAGCGUAUCAACGUUCGCAGACGUAGCGUUAAACUUCGGGGCUCCGGCGGUGCGCGGGGACAGCGUUCUGCGGACCGCGGCCGCUAGGGGCCGACGCUCCGUGCUCUAUGGAGACGACACCUGGCUGCGGCUGUUCCCUGGACUCUUCGCAGAGGCCGACGGGACUACCUCGUUCUAUGUCACGGAUUAUACUGAGGUAGACCACAACGUAACAAGGCAUCUAGACAGGAUUCUAGCGCCCAACGAGAAGAAGAGACCUAACUUCGACUUCCUAGUACUCCACUACCUUGGUCUAGACCACAUCGGGCACCUGGAAGGCGCUCGCAGUCCCAAGAUCAAGCCGAAACUCAUUGAAAUGGAUGACGUCGUUAAGAAGAUCUACACUGCUAUGCAGAAAUGGGGCCACAAAGGCGUGUUGUUCAUCUGCGGUGACCACGGCAUGCGCGACGCGGGCGGCCACGGCGGCGCCACGCCUGCCGAGGUGCUAGUACCGCUCGUUGUUGUCAAGAGUCGAGACUACGUCUGUCCGCACCCGGCCGGUCCUGGCCCCACUGUAGCGCAAGUAGACCUAGCCCCUACAAUUUCGUGGCUACUGAACGCGGCCAUCCCGGGCGACAGCACGGGCCGCAUACUGCCGUCCUUGCUGCCAAUUGACGUGCGCCAGCAUCUGUACCUGCUGCACUUGAUCGCCGCACACAACGCGCGCCUGCCCAGCACAGACACUGACACAGAAUUCUACAAGCAAUUCAAGCGAGCGGAGAAGCAGUUCGCGCAGUAUCUCGCGACAGGCCAGGGGAGCGCCGCGAAGAUAUCGAAGGAGUUCUAUGAAGAGUCUCUCGAAGAGAUGGCCAAGCUGCUCUCAGAGUCUACUGUGGACUUCGACAUGUUUGCUAUUGGAAUAGCCACUCUGCUGCUUUAUAUGCUCGCGACAGCACUCCUCUGCGUAACAUUCUACUCGCUCCAACCGGAGGCCCAAAGAAAGACAUACAUCACUCACAAACGCAACUACCCGCAAAUUGGCGCAAUCGUAGCGUUCGUCGUCAUUUUCUUCAUCAUAUGCGCAAUCCUCACCAUCUCUUGUUUCAUCACCGAAACCAAGAGCCAACUGUGCUCCUUCAACCCUCUUUGGUCUACCGCGUUCUACUUCGUUGCCUGCGCUCUUACGAUGUGCUACUUCAUAAUCAAAACUGGUCUAGAAAAGAUCAGGGAUCUCUCAGCGUUCAAAGACUUGAACGUUAUCGACUAUUUGCUCGUCUUUGGCACUCUAUUCCACGCGUGGUCGUUCUUCGGAACUUCCUUUAUAGAAGAAGAACAUUUGACGUGGUAUUUCUUUUGGAAUACUUUGAUGUUCUUCGUUUUGAUAAGGAAUAUAAUGGUGGUGGUGAGGUAUGUGACAAAGCGCUACCAGAGGGCGACAGAGGUAGAAGAAAAACCACAGUUGGCGAAUAAAAUGGUAGACGUCGGAAUAGAUAUACUACCGAAGUGGAUUCAGCUCAUCGCUUUGCAUAGAUAUCUGAGGACAAUGAACCAGACUGGGGACCGCUGGUUGUUCCUACCAGAUACAGCUGACUGGCUGAACGCGCCAGAGAAUGCUUUCUAUCUGCAACUACAUCUAGUAGUAGGAACGCUCGCAACAUUAGCAAUAUGCUUACACAACGUGCGUCACAUGAACAACGUAAUGUGGAUGCACACGAUAUUCACCGUUGUCGCCACAAUAUGCAUCCUGUGCUACCGCAUCGCCACCCAGACUCUAUACUCCCCUUUCGACGACACCAAACAUUGGGACACAGUAGCCAUAGUCGAUGUCUUCUGGGCCAUACUAAGCACGCAAUUCGUCUUCGAACUAGCAACUUACAUAGGCCUCUUCAAAGCUUGUGGAGUCAACCCUACAGUUAAAAGCGACAAAAAAUUCGUCUACAGCAAACCGAAAGCAAAAACCGAAGAUUACUUUUACGACGAAAUGGUUGAAGAGCCGUGGAAUGUGGACGAAGUGAAGCUUAAUUUGGUUCGGUCGUUGUCACAUUUGAUGUUGAACGAUAUGAUGUUGAUAAUCGUCUUGUUGAUGAGGCCUCAUAAUGUUAUAAUGGUGCCGAGUGUGUAUGUGACGUGUGUGCUGACGUCGAAGUGCAUGGAUCAUAAGUUGUUGGAUGUAACGGCUGGAAGACGGACGGAGAUUGUGGAUGUACUGAGCAGGACGCUCGUGCAUAUGUGGAUUGGAUGCCUGUUCUUCUUCUAUCAGGGCAACUCAAACAGCCUGGCAUCUGUGGACCUGGGAUCAGGCUACGUAGGUCUGCGCGAGUACUGCCCCGCUCGCGUGGCGCUGCGUAUGGGGCUGCAUGCGUACGCGGGGCCAGCGCUGGCAGGGGCCUCGCUCUUCUGCGUGCUUAGUACCACUGCUACUAGUUGGAACCAGUACUUGCUAUCAAUAUGGCGAGCGACGAACAUUUUCGCGUUCCACCGCAUCUAUUGCGUCGCGGUAUACUGCAUAGUGGCCGCAAUAUUCAGGCACCAUCUCUAUGUAUGGACUGUAUUUUCGCCAAAACUGCUAUACGACUUCGUAGCAACAGUGUUCACUUUACAAGCGCUACUCACCAUAGCGGAGAUAAUAGCACUAACACACAUUACCAGCUGGCUAGCUAGGGCGGUAACGUAUAAGACUAGGCUGUGAUAUGAGUAUUAAGUAGGUUUUUUUAAAUUACGAUCAAUUGUUCUCGAGAAAGAGACGAAGGCUGUGUAUUUAAGAGUGGUUUAGAAUAGUUUUGACUUGAAAGACAGUGCAAUUUGUUGCCGUUAGAUAUGUGAGGAGAGGACAGUGCCCAGCAUUGGGACGUAUAUAGGCUGUUUAUGUAUAUUUAUGUUGGAUAAAAGAUAAUUAUGUGGUAAUGUUUGGAAAAUAAAAUAUUUUGUAUAUAAUGAAAGUUAAUUCAAAGAUAUUGUGAAAAUUGUAGUACGGGUUUUGGUAUUUAGUAGAAUGUUCAUUAGAGUCGAGCUACCAAAAAUUGGGGUCUCCGUUCCGAGCUUAAUUUGAAUUGUAUUAAGUGGUAGAAUUUCUUAAUUGAUGGAUUCAAUCAAUAUAAUAGUCAUAGCUUUACUGUAUGCCUCGUUAUUUAUCGAUUUUUAACAACGAUGUAGUAUUUUUUAAUGUAUAAUAUACA